AUGCCAAAAGUCGACCUUGGCAGUGACAAUCUCAAUUGGCGUGCCCUCGUUCUCGUAUCUGUUACUACGUGUGCACUCACGGCCAUAAGUAUCUUUUUAUUACUUGAUAAUCAUUACUUUCACUCGUCUCGUCAAUCUACACGCACAGUGUCCUCAAGUUGUAAAGAUUCGGACAAAGAAGAAGAAAUGUCAGAAGAAGUCAUUUAUCUCAAUAACGCAAAUGCCUGUUUGGAUUAUACGGUUGGAACUGGAGACAAGGACGAGUUUGAUGAUAUCAAGUUUGUAGUCAAGCAGAUUUGUUCUGAUUGGAAACACGCCGAGAACGAUGACAUCUUGGUUAAGAUCGUUGUUGGUGGUAUUACCAACCGCCUUUAUCGUCUCUUGUGGAGAAAUCAGUCGGUGCUUGUGCGUCUGUAUGGUGACCAUACGGAGGAAUUUAUUGAUCGUAGCAUUGAGAAUAUACUCUUUGCUUUGCUGUCAGAGCGCGGAUUUGCCCCCACGUAUUACGGCCGCUUCAAGAACGGCCGCAUCGAAGGCUGGUUGGAUGCAAGGCCACUAGAUCCUGAAGAGAUGGGUCAGAUCAAGCCCGUUAAUUACCUGCAAAUGAUUGGCAAAGAACUGGGCAUUAUGCACGUCAUGGACAUCUCGGAGGACCGUAUGCCUGUGUUGUGGACCAAGAUUGAGCGGUUCGAGAAGCUGGCGAUGGAGCUUGAAUUUGAAGACCCGGACAAGAAUUCGGCGUUGAAGGAACUCGGCUUGGCAGGAUUGCAUCAGAAGUUGCAGUGGCUCAAGUCAGUGCUUCCCUCGAACCAGAAUCGAAACGGCAAAGACCUUUUGGACGCUCUCGACACGGACGAGAUUUCGAAACAGGCUGAGGCUUUUGCGUCUGACGUCGUGUUUUCUCACAACGAUUUGCUGAGCGGCAACAUCCUGCACAACCCAGACUGGGAUCGCGUGCAGAUCAUCGACUACGAAUAUGGCGGCUACAACUACCGCGCGUUUGACUUCGCCAAUCACUUUUGCGAAAACUGCGGUUUUGACCUGGACUUGGCGCUGUACCCGAGCAUUGAGAAGCAGUGUGCUUUCUUCAAGGCUUAUAUGAGCUCGGCAGCGCCUCAAAUGCUGGCCCAACUGGAGACAAACCGUGAGUCCAAGGCAUUCUUCCACGCGUUCUAUGACGUGGUGAACCGCUACGCGCUUGCUUCGCACCUGUUCUGGGGAUACUGGGCUCUCGUCCAAGCAGCUCACUCAAAGAUUGACUUUGAUUUUUUCGAGUACGCAGCAAAACGCUUCAGCGCCUUUGAUGUACACCGCAGCUUCUUUUUCGGAUCGAAGUAG